GCCCGCUAGCUGUAGCUGUAGCCUCUGCGGUUGGAGCUGACCCGCCCAACCUAACAACCGCUCGGUGGCAUCUUCCUCCCGGGAUCCCGGUUCCUCCCUCCCUAUCUCCCUCGAUCCAGCUCAGCUCAGCUCUCUUCCUCCCGCCCCCCCGUACGACCUUACUCUUCUUGAUCCGUUCAUUCAUACAUACUUGUUGAGAGGAAGAGGAUCGGUCUGCUGCUACUAGCUGCGGAUAGUUGUGGUUCUAGUAGCAGGUAAAAGAAGGCAAGGGAAGGGAAGGGAAUCCAUGAAGAAAUGGGGCAACAGCGGGCAAGCCGCCGAUUCCUUCUACCAGGUCCGCCCCGAUUGCAGCCAAAACGUCCCCAACACCAAGUUCAAGAUCAAGGCGGGGAAGACACUGAGCGUUCGGAAAUGGCAUGCUGCCUUCACGCGUGACGGAUGCCUGGAUAUCGCCUCUGUUCUCAGCCGCAUACAGAGAGGGGGUGUGCACCCCGCAAUCAGGGGAGAGGUUUGGGAGUUCUUGCUCGGCUGCUUUGACCCUGGCAGCACCUUCGAUGAGAGGGACCAGAUUAGGGAGCGGAGAAGGAUGCAGUAUGCCAGAUGGAAGGAAGAAUGCAAAGAAAUGGAUUCUCAUGUUGGCAGUGGUAAAAUUAUCACUGCCCCGGUUAUAACUGAGGAUGGAUUCCCUAUCAAGGAUCCAUUGGUAUUACUGGAGGCUACUUCAGACACGCAAGGUACUUCUACCACCACCACCACCAAUGGCAGCAGUGGAAAUGGAAUUGAUGUUGAUAACAACUCCAUGAACCUUGUCUUGGAUAAACAAAUCAUUGGCUGGAAGCUUACAUUACAUCAAAUAGGCCUUGAUGUUCUGCGCACUGACCGCACCAUGGUAUUUUACGAGAACAAAGAUAAUCUUUCAAAGUUGUGGGAUAUUCUUGCUGUCUAUGCAUGGAUCGACAAAGAAGUUGGUUAUUGUCAAGGGAUGAGUGAUUUAUGUUCACCCAUGAUAGUGCUACUCAACGAUGAAGCAGAUGCAUUUUGGUGCUUUGAGAGAUUGAUGCGUAGGCUGCGAGGCAAUUUCAGAUGUACACAGCAGUCAGUUGGGGUGGAAAACCAGCUUCAGCAUCUUGCUUCUAUCAUUCAGGUGCUUGAUCCAAAGUUGCAUGGCCACCUAGAAACACUUGGCGGGGGUGACUAUCUCUUUGCAUUCCGCAUGUUCAUGGUAUUGUUCCGGCGAGAACUAUCAUUUGGGGAUUCCUUGUACCUUUGGGAGAUGAUGUGGGCUCUAGAAUAUGAUCCUGACAUUUGCUCCACUUAUGAAGAGACUGGGGCUGCAGUCCACAAAAUUGAAGGAUUUAAACCAAAGGUAAAAUCAAUACGUCAGUUUGGCAAGUACGAGAGGGAGAAUAUGAAGAACAGGGCAAAUGGUGGCGAUGGACCUGUCCCUAUUUCGGUUUUCCUGGUUGCUAGUGUCCUGAAAGAGAACAGUCCAAAGCUUCUGCAAGAGGCUCGAGGGAUUGAUGACAUUAUUAGGAUAUUGAAUGAUGUUAACGGGAAUCUGGACGCGAAAAGGGCUUGUGUUGUUGCACUGAAGCUUCAUAGGAAGUACCACAAAAAGUUGCAGGAAAAGAAAUCCUAACAUCAUAUGGCGAGAUACCGAGAUUGCACGCAACACAGGGUUGCAAAGAUCCUAACAUCAUAUGGCGAGAUACGUACCGAGAUUGCACGCCAAUAUUCGCCAUACUGGGUUGCAAAGAGCAGCAGCAUAUCUAGAGAUUUUAGGGUAAUUGUUGGCAUGAGUAUUACCCCAUGUUUUUGUUCCUUCCACUUAGAGCAUGUCUAAGAGUCUUUUCAAAUUUCACACUUUGAAUCAUCAUUUGGAAAAUCAUCUGUAUAAAAUUGUUUUCUAUAUAUUUUCACUCUCUAACAACUUUUUAAUAUAUUGUGUAUACUCUAGAGAGCUAUUUUUGUUAUC